AUGGUCAAAGCAGUUGCUGUCGUCCGUGGUGACUCCAACGUCAAGGGCACCGUCACCUUCGAGCAAGAGUCCGAGUCUUCGCCCACCACCAUCUCAUGGAACAUCACCGGCCAUGACGCCAACGCGCAGCGUGGUUUCCACAUCCACCAGUUCGGUGACAACACCAACGGCUGCACCUCCGCCGGCCCUCACUUCAACCCAUUCAACAAGACCCACGGUGCUCCCACCGAUGAGAUCCGCCAUGUUGGAGACUUGGGCAACAUCAGCACCGAUGCGCAGGGCAACGCCGUUGGCUCCACCCAGGACAAGCUGAUCAAGCUGAUCGGUGAACACUCCGUUGUGGGCCGCACCAUCGUCUGCCACGCAGGCACCGAUGACCUUGGCCAGGGUGGAAACGAGGAGUCCAAGAAGACCGGAAACGCUGGUCCCCGUCCUGCUUGUGGUGUCAUUGGCAUCUCUGCAUAG